AUUAAAGUAACCAUGUUGAAGCUCUUGAAGUCCGAAUCUCUGCAGCUACUGCGCCGGAGCUACAGUAGUGCGGCUCCAACAACCAAGUUGUACAUCGAUGGCCAAUAUGUUGAGUCCAAGACCACCAACUGGAUUGAGCUCACCAACCCCGCCACUAAUGAAGUCAUCGGAAGAGUGCCGGAAGCCACCCAAGAUGAGCUGAACUCUGCGCUGGAGGCCGCCAAGAAGGCCUACAAGUCCUGGAGCCAGAGCACCAUCCUCACCCGACAACAGCUCAUGUUCAACUUCGCCCGUCUCCUGCGCGAGAACCAGGGCAAGCUGGCCGCCAAGAUCACGGAGGAGCAGGGCAAGACCCUGGCUGAUGCCGAGGGAGACGUGCUCAGGGGCAUCCAGGCGGUGGAACACUGCUGCAGCAUCACGACCCUGCAGCUCGGGGACGCCAUCCAGAACAUCGCCAAGGACAUGGACACGCACUGCUACAAGACUCCCCUCGGAGUCACUGCAGGAGUGGCCGCCUUCAACUUCCCCGUAAUGAUUCCCCUCUGGAUGUUCCCGGCGGCGCUGGUGACGGGCAACACGAGCGUGGUGAAGCCCUCGGAGCAGGACCCCGGAGCUACCCUCAUGAUGAUGGACCUGUUGGCGCAAGCCGGGGCGCCCCCUGGUGUUGUCAAUGUGAUCCACGGCACCCACGACGCGGUGAACUUCGUGUGCGACCACCCCGACAUCAAGGCGGUGUCGUUCGUGGGCGGCGACGCGGCCGGGAAGCAUAUCUACAAGCGGGCUUCGGCUAAUGGCAAGCGUGUGCAAUGCAACAUGGGAGCCAAAAACCACGGCGUCAUAAUGGCGGACGCGAACAAAGAGCACACUCUGAACCAGCUCAGUGGCGCCGCCUUCGGGGCCGCCGGCCAGCGCUGCAUGGCGCUCAGCACCGCCGUGUUUGUUGGAGAGGCGAAGGAGUGGAUCCCGGACCUGGUGGCCCGGGCCAAGGCGUUGAAGGUGAACGCGGGCCACGUGCCCGGGACGGAUGUGGGGCCCGUCAUCUCUGCGCAGGCCAAGGACAGGAUUAACAGGCUGGUGGAGUCUGGUGUAAAGGAAGGCGCCAAGCUAGUCCUCGACGGCCGCGGCGUCAAAGUCCCCGGCUUCGAGAAGGGCAACUUCGUAGGACCCACCAUCCUCACUGACGUGAAACCAAACAUGGAGUGCUACAGGGAGGAAAUAUUCGGCCCAGUGCUAGUCUGCUUGUUCGUAGACACACUGGACGAGGCCAUCCAACUCAUCAACUCAAACGCCUAUGGAAACGGCACUGCUAUCUUCACAACCAACGGAGCUACAGCCAGGAAAUUCUCCUCAGAAAUCGAUGUUGGACAAGUUGGGGUCAACGUCCCUAUUCCGGUCCCAUUAUCUAUGUUCUCGUUCUCUGGAACUCGAGGCAGUUUCCUGGGUACCAACCACUUCUGUGGCAAGCAAGGUAUUGACUUCUAUACGGAGUUGAAGACGGUGGUUUCUUUCUGGCGGCAAAGCGAUGUGUCGCACACUAAAGCGGCGGUCUCUAUGCCUACUCAGCAAUAAUAGGACCAUAAUUAGUAUCGCUAGACGUCUUAUGCAGGGAAAAUACCUCACACUUUCUUUGAAUCACUAUUUAUAAAGAAAGCUUUAUGAUUUGUGGUAUUAUAUUUCACAUACCAUAAUGGGAUCUGUAUGAAUAAUUUUCCCUUAUCAAUAAUUAGGCGUACACAAGUAUAUUAUGCUAUGACGUUGGACGAUGUUUAUAAACUUUUCUAAAUCGGUAUUUGUUUUUGGUACCUACGCCUUUUGUGUGAUGCGUUGUAAUGAAGUCUUGUCAUGUAACUUGCUGCCAUAUUUCUGUGUAUAUUUUAAGUAUAAUGUGUAUAUUAUGAAAAUCAUAUUUUUAUACAUUAAAUGAUACGUAUUUACCUCGUAUUUAAGUACCCUUAUAAGAAAAGCUUGUCGAUAAAAGUCUAAGGAGUUGUACCUUCAUAUUUUAUUGCAUUUAUUUUUAUAGCCCAUUAUUAUUAUUGAAAUGGAUAACUCUGUAACUAAACUAGUCUUCCAAAAUGUUCUGAUAUACACUUGUUUUAAUGGCACUCUUGUUACGAAUUAUUAUUAAAUAAAUAUGUUAUUUAUAUCUUAUAAAAAA